GGGGACUCUAUUUCCCAGGGGCUGCAGCGCUGGACUAAAACAUCAACUUCCGGCAUUCUGCAGGUGCUACCUUAGACGGUCAGAGCUCUGUGGUGGGAGUAAGAAAUUGCUGGUUGGCUUAAUCCUCCACAGACGCUCCAGCCGCCUUGAGUGUCGUGGGAGGUGAAGGAAAGCGCUCGCUAGGAUGUGUCACUAGGACGUGCAGUCUGGGAUCUCGUGCUUGCUCAGGCUGCCCGCGUCGGCCGGCGUUCACAAGGAGGGCCCGGAGAAGAGUGCGGGCAUCGUCGCCACACAUCUGAGAUUCAAGAAUGUUAUAGGUGGGAACCUCCGGAGGUUUGCGUUCAGGCUUUCAAAAAACUGUGAUUUAUUAUAUCGAUUUGCUGACACGUCGCGUGGCCUUGUUUUCAAAGAAGGGGACGGAUGAAGGUGAUAGGCAGUGCUGUGGUUGAACGUGGGGAUGUGGCUCCGUGGUAUCUGGGUUGGAGUCUGGGUUCUGCCUUUCUCUGGGUCUCUAGGCUUGUCAUGUGCCUCCGAAUGACAGCUGUAAAGCCUGUUGGUGCAGUGCCAGCCGUAUAGUAAGGACCUAAUGUUGAUGCUUUGUGUGAUCAUUUUUGGGUUCUUUCUCUUCAGUUUUAUGCAGGACAAGGGCGUUAGAAAUAAUGUGAUUACUGGCUGUAUUUUUAAGAAAAUGACUCAAGAAAAGGGAAAGGUAGGUUUUAUGGUAUACACUGUAAUGUCAGCACUUGAGAGACAGAAGCUGUGUUCAUGGUCAGCUCAGUCCACUUAGCAGGUUCCAGAGUAGCUGGGGAACACAGGGCAACCGUCUCAAAACAAUAAAAUGAAAAUGAAUGAACUAAUGUAGAGCAGAUUUUCUUUAACUUGGAGAUGAAAUUUCUUGUAUUGUGUACAGCGUGGUCUCUUGGAGUCUUCGUGUCCUUUGGGAUGACUAAAUCUGCCUGUCACAUUUUUUGUAGCGAGCACACUCAACGUCUACUCUCUGAGUCAUAGCCGCGGUGCUGCACGAGGCAUCUGGAACUUGUGUUGUACCGCUGACAUUGUGUAUCCUUGGUCAUCAUCUUCCCGACUCCCUUCCGGGUCUGCAUCUCCCACUCUCAACCAUGGUGUUGCACAUCCAGCCUCAGCCGCUCAGGCCCCAUGACCCACUAUUGUACCUGUUCCUGUGAGAUAACGGCUUCAGAUUCUGCAUGAGUGAGAUGUUUGUCUUUUGGUUUAAGGAUUUUUUUUAUUUAAAAUUAUGUGUGGGUGGUUUUGAGUACAGUACUGUAGGAAGAUGAUCUUCGGCACUGGACUUACAGCACUGGGAGCUGUCGGGGAACUGAACUCCUGGCCUCUGGAGAAGCCAAACCAGCUCUCAGCCGCUGAGCCUUCUCUCCAGCCCCAGCGUUUAUCUUUUGUCUUUAGCUCAUUUCUCUCAUGUUCCUCCAUGCUCUCCAUAUUGUAGUAAAUGGUUGGACAUCUUUCCACUGUGUCCGUGACCCUCAAUCUCGAUUUGCUUUGUCCACUCAUCUCUUGGUGGGGUUGAGUAUCACAGCUGUGUAAGCUCUGCAGGAAUAAAUGUGGGAGUAUAAGUGUCACUUGGUAUAAGUGACACUGAUUGUAUUUCCCUUGUGUCUCUACUCAGAAGUGGGAUCCAUGGAUCAUGUGACAGUUUUGUUUGUAAUUGUUGAGAGUCUACCGUACUGCUUUCUGCAGUGAUUGUGUUAAUCUACAUUAUCUCCACUAAUGCCCCUUCCCAUUUUCCACAUGAUCUUUUCUUUUUGAUAAUGGACACUUUAAAAAAAUAUUUUAUUUUUUUCUACUUAUUCUAAAUAUGUUUUGCCUAGGAGAACGUAUCAAAUCCUCUGAAAUUGUAGUUAGAGAUAGGAACUGCAGCUGCAGACCUCCUGCCCCUCCAGCCUUGCUGUGCUUCACUCAGCCCUGAGUUUCCAAAGGACGUACAGUUUAAAUGCUGUCAGCCCUGUCAGCCCUGAAGGUGGGGUUCCAGUAGGAAGACCUGCUCACAGUGGGCUGAGGGACCCCGUCUAGGGCUAGCUGGAGCUCAGGAUGGAAGACGGGAUCCUUCUGCUGACAUCUUCUGGAGGAACGUCAAGGCAGACGGGCUUUUGCUCCGCACGUCCACGUUGAGCCCUUGCGCAGUGGUUGUCCGGGGUUAGGACAGAAUCGGCUUUGUGUAGACUCCUGUCUGCUUCUGAUUUGUGUGUGGGAGGCCAUGAGCCGUGGGAGGAGUGUGAGUGGGGAUGCUUGAGAAUAAAAGUAGUCGGUGAAGUCAUGGUGUCAUAAGUGAGUCUGGGAACAUCAAGUGACAAUCCUAUGAAAGGCUUUCUUUUUGUCCCCCAGGGAGGAUCCUAAAGAAGAAUGGCCAGCUCUGGUUCUCAGGAUGUGGUCUGUGGGUCAGUGACAUUUAGGGAUGUGGCUGUUGACUUCUCUCAGGAGGAGUGGGCCUGCUUGGAUGCUGCUCAGAGGGUCUUAUACAGGGACAUGAUGUUGGAGACCUAUAGCAACCUCAUCACAGUGGUGGGAAGUUCCAUUUCCAAACCCGAUCUGAUCACCUUACUGGAGCAGGAGAGAGAGCCCUGGAUGGCUGUGACGGGAGAAGCAGACAGGCCCAGCCCAGAUUUGGAGUCAUGUUAUGAAGCUGAAAAUACAUCUCUAGAAAAUCAUAUUUAUAAUAGAAAUUUACUCAAACAGAGUAUACAACAAUUAAGUAAAGCUUUUGACCUCAAGGCCUCCAGUUUCAGUAAUGGCCCCAAUUAUAGUACAUUCAAGGAACUACAGAGUUAUCAAGGAGAUGUUGAUCAAAAGAUUAGUAACAAAGAAAAGCUGCCUACUUACACCUGUCAGACUCUUACUCACAAUAUAGAAAAGGCAUAUGAAUGUAAAGAGUGUGGUGAAUACUUUGGUUGUAGUUCAACUCUUGUUCAGCAUCAGACUAUGCAUACUGGAGAGAAACCCUGUGAAUGUAAGGAUUGUGAGAAAACCCUCAGAUACCACCAACAACCUAUAAGACAUCAGAAGUCUCACAGUGGUGAGAGAUCUUUUGAAUGUGAGGAAUGUGGAAAGGAUUUUCAACUUCUCAGCCUGCUUAAGUACCAUAAAACCAUUCAUACAGGUACAAAACCAUUUGAAUGUGGAGAAUGUGGGAAGUCUUUCAAGUAUGUCUCCCAUCUUGUUGAACAUAGGAUUAUUCAUGCUGGUGUGAAACCACAUGAAUGUAAAGAGUGUGGGAAAGCCUUUAAUCGUCGUUCAAACCUCACGCAACAUCAGAAAAUUCACUCUGGUGAGAGACCCUUUCAGUGUAAGGAAUGUGGGAAAGCCUUCACUAUUCUGGCACAGCUCACUCGGCACCAGAACAUUCAUACUGGAGAGAAAUCAUUUGAAUGUCAGCAGUGUGGGAAGACAUUCAGAACUGGUUCAUACCUUGUGCAACACCAGAGUAUUCAUACUGGUGAGAAACCCUUUGAGUGUAAAGUCUGUGGGAAGGCUUUUAGGCUUCAGGUAUACCUCUCUGAGCAUCAGAAAACUCACACUGAUGAGAAACCUUUCAAGUGCAAGCUGUGUGGCUCAGCCUUCAGACGUAAGAAUCAACUUAGUGAACAUCAGAGAACUCAUACUAAUGUGAGACCCUAUCAGUGCAAGGAAUGUGGCAAAUUCUUUCGUCAACGUUCAAAUUUGAUUGACCAUCAGAGUAUUCACACUGGAAAGAAACCCUUCAAGUGUAAAGAAUGUGGGAAGGUCUUUAGACUUAAUAUACUUCUCAUUCGUCAUCAAAAAUCUCACAGUGGUGAGAGACCUUUUGAAUGUAAAGAAUGUGGAAAGGCUUUUCAUCUUCCCAGUCAGCUUAAUAACCAUAAAACUGUUCAUACAAACAAAAAGCCCUUUGAAUGCAAUGCAUGUGGGAAGUCCUUCAAACGUGUUUCCACUCUUGUUCAACACAGAAUUAUUCAUGCUGAUGUGAAACCAUAUGAAUGUAAUGAAUGCGGGAAAGCCUUUAAUCGUAGCUCAAACCUCACACAACAUCAGAAAAUUCAUUCUGGUGAGAGACCCUUUCAGUGUAAGGAAUGUGGAAAAGCCUUUACUGUUCUGGCACAGCUCACUCGGCACCAGAACAUUCAUACUGGAGAGAAAUCAUUUGAAUGUCAGCAGUGUGGGAAGAUAUUCAGUUGUGGCUCAUUCCUUUUGCGUCACCAGAGUGUUCAUACUGGUGAGAAACCCUUUGAGUGUAAAGUCUGUGGGAAGGCUUUUAGGCUUCAGGUAUACCUCUCUGAGCAUCAGAAAACUCACACUAAUGAGAAACCUUUCAAGUGCAAGCUGUGUGGCUCAGCCUUCAGACGUAAGAACCAACUUAGUGAGCAUCAUAGAAUUCAUACUGAUGAGAGACCCUAUCAGUGCAAGGAAUGUGGGAAACACUUCCGUCGACGUUCAAAUUUCACUGAGCAUCAGAGUAUUCACACUGGAAAGAAGCCAUUUGAAUGUAAGGAAUGUGGGAAAGUCUUUAGACUUAAUAUACAUCUUAUUCGACAUCAGAGAUUUCAUAGUGGUGAGAGACCUUUUGAAUGUAAAGAAUGUGGAAAGGCUUUUCAUCUUCCCAGCCAGCUUAAUUACCACAAAAACAUUCUUCAUACAGGUCAAAAAAUAUUUGAAUGUGAGAAAUGUGGGAAGUCUUUCAAGCGUGUCUCCAGCCUUGUUGAACAUAGGAUUAUUCAUGCUGGUGUGAAACCACAUGAAUGUAAAGAGUGUGGGAAAACCUUUAAUCGUCGCUCAAACCUCAUGCAACAUCAGAAAAUUCACUCUGGUGAGAGACCCUUUCAGUGUAAGGAAUGUGGGAAAGCCUUUACUGUUCUGGCACAGCUCACUCGGCAUCAGAACAUUCAUACUGGAGAGAAAUCAUUUGAAUGUCAGCAGUGUGGGUCUGCAUUCAGACUUCAGUCCCAACUUCGUCAACAUCAGAGAAUUCAUACCAAUGUGAAACUCUUUCAGUGCAAGGAGUGUGGGAAGUACUUUAUUCGUAGUACAGGCCUUAGAAUUCACCAGAGAAUCCACACUGGUGAGAAGCCCUUUCAGUGUAAGGAAUGUGGGGAAGCCUUUCAAUAUCGGUACCAAUUUCUUGGACAUUUUAGAAUUCAUACUGACAAGAAUCCUUAUGAAUGUAAAGAAUGUGAGAAGUACUUUACUUGUGGUAGAGACCUUGAAGUACAUCAAAGAAGUCAUACUAGUGAGAAAUUUUACCAAUGUUAAGAAUGUGGGAAGGCCUUUAGUUGAAAAUCAAGCUUUGUUUGACAUGCUAAAAUUCAUACUGGUAAGAAACCUUAUGGAUGUAAGGAAUGUAGAAAGGCCUUUAGUGAUAAUUCUAAUCUAGAAGUAUAUCAGAAUUCACACUGGUGAGAAACCAUAUGAAUCUAAGAAAGGUUGGGAAAUGUUUAGAUUUAGUUCAGCCUUUACUGCACGGUGGAGCAGUCACAUAGGCAUGAAACACUGCCACUGUAAAGAAUGUAAAGACUUUCAAUUCGAGCUGAGGCCCUUUUUUAACAUAAGAGAAUCCAUGCUGGAGUGAAACCCUGUGAAUACAAGGAAUGUGGGAACAUAGAAUUAGCUCAGCUCUUAAACGUCAGAGCCCUUAUAGUUCUGCAACCCUAUAAAUGUGAAGAAUGUGGGGAAGCCUUUAUUGUAAAUCAUAAUCUUACACAACAUCAGAAAAUCCAUCGUUGUUAGGAGUCCUAUGCAUGUAAGGAGGGUGGACAAGAUUUUGUAUGGAAAUUUUACUGAACAGCAGAGAAUUCAUUGGCAAGACUGUGGCUGGAAAGACGUGAGAAGAACUUGAAUCUGCCCUAGGAUUUGGUCAGCAUCAGAGUAUUCCAAGAAACCCUUAGAGAAUCAGAAUGUGGGCAGUCUGUUGUUCAGAGAUGAAACUCUAUUGAGAAUAUCUUUGAAUGUCAGAAAUAAAGGAUAAUCAUUGUGUUACUUAGGAUAACCUUGAGUUACUCUCAUCUCGUUCUAUAAACUUAAUUUGUCAAAUACUAUUCACCCAGGACAGUCAGCUUAGGGAGAGCAGUUAUUCAAAAUAGUUUAUCUGAGGCAUCUUCCUUGUCACAAUUAAUGCUCUAUGUCUCCUCUCAUAUUAACAUAAACAUGCUGAAUGUCUACUUUCUUAUUGCAAAAUUCGUGGAUGGCCAGCCCAGUACCAGUCAAAGUAUUGGGAAAGGAUUAUAAUAAGUAAAAUGAUUUUUCAGAGUAUUUGGUUAAUGUCUGUGUUCUGUAAAAAUAGGUUUUACAUUUUUCUCCCUUGGCAUUAUUGUAACUGAUAUGAGAGACCGUUUGUAUUUUAGAUAGUUUAGAAAACCCUCAUGCAUUCAUUUUCUAUUAGAUUUUAAACAACUUCAUUCUGUAUACAUGUAAUACAUAAAAAGGAAUAUGAAAGGAUUUGAGUUGCAAAUCCAUUCCUUAAGUAUUUGUGUGGAGAUGUUAAAAACACAGCUAUUGAUGAAUAAGUACUUUCUAAAGGGCUUAAACCCAUAAGAAUUUCAAAAGGUAAAAGCCCUAUCAUUUAUGUCCUCCCACACAGUAAGAUAAACUGUACAUUUGUGACAGGGCAAAAAAGCCCACAGGAUUGGCCAUCUCUUAUUCUUGCUGAGGCUUGUCAGGUUUUGGUAGAAAUUGAUUGUCUUGGUGGAGAAUCUCAUGAAAAAUUAUCCAACUCUGCUCAGAGAAUCUGAGGUCAAAUUACCCCUGAUAAUUUCCCUGGCUUUACUUAAAGGGCCCAUAUGUGCAAACCUCCCCCUCCAGCUACUGCUUAUCUUGGCUACUGUUAAACUGCCUGCUUGGACAAAAUCUCCCUCUGCACUGUUGAGCAAGAUUACAGGAUGUGGGAUUUGGUCUAAAUGCCUAGGGCUACACUUAGGUCCUGAAUACCUCAAUGUAGUCUCCGCUGGCUAGAAUAAAUCCUUUUAGUUAAUAUAAACUGUCGGAGUGUUCUUCUCUGAUGGGCUCCCUCUAACACAUUAACAAAAAUAGCUAAAUUGAAACCAUUUAUAAAAAUACAUGUGUGAGCCAGGCAGUGAUGGUGCACACCUUUAAUCCCAGCAUUUGGCAGGUAGAGGCAGGCGGAUCUCUAUGAAUUUGAGGCCAGCCUGGUCUACAGAAUGAGUUCCAAGAUGGCCAGGGCUACACGGAGGGACCCUGUCUCAAUUCCCCCCUCAAAAAUGUAUGAAUAUUUUCAUACUUAUGGAAAAGUUGGAAUAGUCAACACCAUUCUGGAUCAUCAUCUAGAUUUAAAAUUGUUAUCAAUUUCCUAUGUUGAUGCUUUCCCCCAUAUAUAUUUUCCCUAUAUAAAUAUAUGCAUAUAAACAUGUAUAAUUGUAUACCCCCAAUAUAUAUCCAGAAUUUUAUGACAUUCACGAUGGGAGCCAAGAAUGCAGGCCAUUCCCCGCAUUUGUCUGAUGGUUGGAGUAGCUGUGAGACUUAACUGGUGCAUCUGGCACCUUCCGACACGGGAGAUGGUUGCAUAGCUCCUUUGAUAGUAAAGAACACCCGGUGCCAUCCUGAAAGUAGUUUGGAUAUGCCAAUGUCGUUCUCCCUUUGUAAUUAUGAGGUCACCUGGGGAAGAGGUGUUUUCAGCCUACAUGACAAAAUGACGACAUAAGUCUUCCUGCCACCCUAAGAAACAGAAUGCAAAUGAAGAUUUUGUUACCUUUCCCUCAGUUUGCAUUGAUAUAAAAGCUAUUUGAAAAAUAAACACGGGUGAUUUCAGGAUAUGAGUGAUCACUGGGAACUCCCAAUACUGUCAUGUGAAUUGUGUUUUUAAUAUUCCCACGCCUCUACGUUGGUAAGAAAUGUCUUGUGUUGGGGCUGGACCCUGACAUAUGGCACCACAGUGUAGAACUUACAGGUGAACCCCAAAAUGCACAGAAGUGACCAGACAUGGAGGAGAACGUGAGGAGCCUGAAAAAAUUGCACCACAGGUGGAUAGGUGAAUAAUGAGCACUCAGAAAUAAGUAGAAUUUAAAAAGCAAAGAGAGCAAGAGAAUAAAAUUUGGGAGUAAAGCUGUAUAUAGUUAUAAAUAUGGAACAAGGAGAUAGUAUUCAGUUACUGGUACAGUUGCUUGGCUGAAUCGUGAUAGCUAAGGAGCUAAAGUGGAGCAGAAACAAAGCAGAGUUAUAUAGUUUGUAAAUAGCGUGUUCCCGUCCCUGAGCUGGCCAUGUCCACAACUCUGGCUUUGCUGUCUUCAGGCCACUCCAGGACUCAGCGAAGGCAAUGUGAAGCCCCAGCAUCUCCUACAAGUGGCAGUGCUUUAAAAAAAUCGCCUAGGUAGGAGGCAAAGAAAGUUUAAAGAGCUAAUUUUAACUCCCGCAGCACACAGAGAAGGUUAAUAGAAAUGCAUAGAGACUAAUUUGACCCAUGAGCCAAGGAGCAGAUAGAUAGGUAGAUAGAUAGAUAGAUAGACAGACAGACAGACAGACAGACAGAUAAUUCUAGAGCUUUUACAGAGGAGAGGAUUCAGAAAUUCUCCUAAUUUUAUGAUUACAAGUUAAAAAAGGAAAGGAUAGUAAAAAUCAGCACAGCUCCACCUGCCAGAGUGCUAUAGGAAGUCUUGCAGCUAGGGGUUACCCAGCAAAAUAAAUUUUAAACAUUAAUUGAGGCCCAUCAUCCAGGACUGCUGAAAGAAAUCAUGUAGUGUUGCUUUGAUGAUAGAAGCCCAAGUUUUUUUAUCAUCCCCUUAACAAAUGCAGAAUGCAAGUCAUAAGUUACAACAGCCUGCUUAAUAAUAAUCAGCGUGGCCUCUUAUACAAUAUAUGCUGAUGCAGAGUCUGCGUCCUCCCUCUUUUCCAGCCUCUCU